AUGCCGCCCAAGAACAAAAACGAAGUCAAGGACGGAGACAAGAACACGCGUAUUGCUAUUGUCAACGUGGACAAGUGCAAGCCCAAGAAGUGUCGACAGGAGUGCAAAAAGUCGUGUCCUGUGGUGCGAACCGGCAAGCUGUGUAUCGAGGUGACGCCCGACUCCAAGAUUGCCUUCAUUUCCGAGACGCUGUGUAUCGGAUGUGGUAUUUGCCCCAAAAAGUGCCCCUUUGGCGCGCUGCAGAUUAUCAACCUGCCCACAAACCUGGACUCUGAGGUCACCCAUCGAUACUCGGCCAACUCCUUCAAGCUGCAUCGACUCCCCACUCCCCGACCAGGCCAGGUUCUUGGACUGGUGGGAACCAACGGUAUCGGCAAGAGUACCGCGCUCAAGAUUCUUGCAGGCAAGCAAAAGCCCAACCUGGGCCGGUACGAGGACCCUCCCACGUGGCAGGAGAUUCUGACACAUUUCCGAGGCUCCGAGCUGCAAAACUACUUUACUCGGGUGCUGGAAGACAACCUCAAGGCCAUCAUCAAGCCCCAGUACGUCGACAACCUGCCCCGAGCCAUCAAGGGACCCCUGCAGAAGGUUGGCGAGCUGCUCAAGGCCAAGCUGGAGCGAAAGGACGACUUUGAGAACAUUGUCAACACCCUGGAGCUCAAGGGUGUGUGGAAGCGAGAGGUGUCUCUGCUGUCCGGAGGAGAGCUGCAGCGAUUCGCCAUCGGUAUGUCCUGUGUCCAGCUGGCCCAGGUCUACAUGUUUGACGAGCCUUCCUCAUACCUGGAUGUCAAGCAGCGUCUGCAUGCUGCUGCCAUGAUUCGGUCGCUCAUCGACUCCACCGGUUAUAUUAUUGUUGUCGAGCACGAUCUGUCAGUGCUGGAUUAUCUGUCCGAUUUCGUCUGCAUUCUCUACGGUGUCCCCUCCGUCUACGGAGUGGUGACUCUGCCCUCGUCUGUGCGAGAAGGUAUCAACAUUUUCCUGGACGGUCACAUCCCCACCGAAAACCUGCGGUUCCGAACCGAGUCUCUGCAGUUCCGACUCGCCGAUGCCACUGAGAUCAUCCCCCUUGACCAGUCGCGAUCUUUCAAGUACCCCACCAUGAGCCGAACUCAGGGCGACUUCAAGCUUAACGUCGAGUCUGGAGAGUUCACUGACUCGGAAAUCAUUGUCAUGAUGGGCGAGAACGGUACCGGAAAGACCACACUUUGUCGACUUCUGGCCGGCGCCGUGGCUCCUGAUGAGGGACAGAAGGCCCCCAAGCUCAACGUGUCCAUGAAGCCCCAGAAGAUUGCCCCCAAGUUCACUGGUACCGUGCGACAGCUCUUCCUCAAGAAGAUCCGAUCCUCCAUGCAUCACCCCCAGUUCCAGACCGAUGUCUACAAGCCUCUGCGAAUUGACGACAUUAUCGACCAGGAGGUCCAGAACCUGUCUGGUGGUGAGUUGCAGCGAGUCGCCAUUGUGCUCGCUCUGGGUCAGCCCGCAGAUAUCUACCUUAUCGAUGAGCCUUCCGCUUACCUCGAUUCCGAGCAGCGAAUCAUCUGUGCCAAGGUCAUUCGACGGUUCAUUCUGCAUUCCAAGAAGACCGCCUUUAUCGUUGAGCACGAUUUCAUCAUGGCCACCUACCUGGCCGACCGAGUCAUUGUCUUUGACGGACAGCCCUCCGUCGAGGCCUUUGCCCGACGACCCGAGUCUCUGCUUACCGGAUGCAACCGGUUCCUCAAGUCUCUCAACGUCACCUUCCGACGAGACCCCACCUCGUUCCGACCCCGAAUUAACAAGAAGGACUCGCAGAUGGACAAGGAGCAGAAGGCUCACGGCAACUACUUUUUCCUCGACACUGCGGAGGCUUAA